AUGCGCAAGAUUGAUCGGGUCCUUAUUAACAAUCUGUGGAACCAUCGAUUCUCCUUCUCUCAAGCCUCCUUUCUCAAUCCGGGUACAUCUGAUCAGUCUCCUAUGAUUGUUAGAGUGCUUGAUCCGGUGUCGAGAAGGAAGCUGUUUAAAUAUUUUCAUUUUUGGUCUGAACACCCGGAUUACUCGUAUUGCAUCAAUCAAGCUUGGAAUUCGCCAGUCUUCGGAGUGCCGAUGUUCCGCCUCGUGUCCAAGCUGAAAUUGGUUAAAGCUCGCCUCAUAUUACUCAACAAAGAGUCUUUCUCCGACAUUUCGAUGAAGACGGCUGAAGCUAGAGAAGCCCUUUGCAUCACUCAGGUUGGGCUUCAUGAUGAUCCUUCUAAUUCAUCUCUUGUUGACCUGGAAAAAAACCAGCGACGUGCCUUUGUCCAAUUGCGGAUCCUUGAGGAGUCUUUUUACCGCCAAAAGUCUCGUGUGACUUGGUUGAAAGAGGGUGAUCGGAACACUAGAUUCUUCCACCAUUCGGUUAAGAACAGACAGGCCAGAAACCACAUCCUCUCGGUUAUAGAUUCAUCCGGUGUCCUCAUAGAUGAUCCAGCCCUUGUGCCUCAAGUGUUUGUGUCCUACUUCUCAAAGUUGCUCUCACCUCAGGUGUGCCUCUCAAAACCGUCUCUUCAUGAGAUGAAGGAGCUCAUCCAUCGGCAUCUCUCGGAUAUUCAAUGUAGCUCCAUCUCUUGCCCGGUCACAGAUUCGGAGAUCAAGGAUACUCUUUUCUCCCUAGUAAGAGGAAAAGCCUCGGGUCUUGAUAGCUUUUUGGUUGAAUUUUACAAGACCAACUGGGAUCUUGUCGGGCCAUUGGUUAUUGAAGCUGUUUAG